AUGUCCGGAUCCAUUCGCCCUGUUAUCGUGAUUGCAGGAAUCGGCAACGCCACGGGAACUGGAUUUGCGACGGCCCGUGUCUUCUCCAAGGCAGGAUAUCGCGUUGCCUUGAUUGCGCGGAACGCUGGGCACUUGGAUAAAGCUGCCAAGGUCCUCAAACAAGAGGGUGGCGAAGCCGCAUCCUUUCCUGUGCAGGAGUAUUCGUGGGCUGCCAUCACCGAUGUUUUCCAAGUCAUUAAGGCGUAUAAAUGGCCAUCUCCUGCGAAGCACGAGAUUCGUGUCGCCCUCUGGAACGCCGGCACCGGAGUUUGGAAGCCCUUCCUUGACAUCACUGAACAAGAGGUGCAAUCCGUGAUCGACAGUACCAUCGUCGGGCCAUGGGCGUUCUCCCACCAGGUCCUAUCAAUCUUCAAGCAGAAUGAAGUAGACGAGCUUGGGAAGCGUGGGACGCUGCUGUUCACCGGCGCCACGGCCAGCUGGAGAGGUAAUGUGACGACGAGUGCGUUUGCUGCCGGGAAGUUUGCUCUGCGCGCUCUCAGCCAGAGUUUGAACAAGGAAUUCGGAAAGCAGAACAUUCAUGUCGCCCACUCGAUUAUUGACGGAGGAAUUCUCACUGAUCGCAGCGCGGGACGAUUAACUGACCCGGCUGCCCUGAAAGAGUACAGGGAAAACGCGAAUGUCAGGUUGGACCCCGAGAGCAUUGGCAAGGCCUAUCUCUACCUUGCCAAUCAAGACAAUUCCGCCUGGACCUGGGAGCUCGACCUUCGUCCUGCCCACGAGAAGUGGUAA